GGCGGUCUUCUGACGUCAAAGCUUUAACCUUUAACCCCGAAACGCCGAGUCAGGCGCACUUGGAAGUGAGACAACAUGUCGCUGAAGCCUCGUCGUGUGGACUUCGGUGAGACCUGGGGGAAGAUUCUCGCCACCGUGCGGGGAGUGAUCACGCUGUCCAAGGUCCCGCGGCCGACAUGGAACGACAGAUUCUCUGAUGUGUAUGCGCUGUGCGUGGCGUACCCGGAACCCCUUGCUGAACAGCUGUACAACGAGACAAAGAACUUUCUGGAGCAGCACGUCCAGUCGCUGCACAAGAUAGUGAAUAGCUCCUUAGACAACCUUCUUGCCACUUACCAUGCCUACUGGCAGGAGUACAGCAAGGGUGCUGAGUACAUGAACCAGCUCUAUGGUUACCUGAACAGCCAGUACAUCCGUAAACAGAAGCUGUCAGACGCCGACCUUGCCUACGGACAUGGCAUUGACCUUGACGAACAGCUGAUGGAAAUAGGAGAGCUUGCUCUGGACAUUUGGCGACGUCUGAUGAUCGAACCUCUGAAGGCAAAUCUGGUACAACAGCUGCUACAGGAGAUAGAGAAGGAUCGUGAGGGUGAACAAACCAACCAAGCUAUCCUACAUGGUGUCAUCAACUCAUUUGUACAUGUGGAGGAAUAUAACAAGAAGGGACUGCUAAAGUUGUACCAGGACUUGUUUGAAAAGCGCUUCCUGGAGGAAACUGGGAGGUACUACAGGAAGGAGGCAGGGAGAUAUCUAACAGGCACAACAUGUUCUGAGUACAUGGAAAAGGUGAUCCAGCGUCUGUCAGACGAGGAGAUGAGGAGUCGUAAGUUCCUCCACCCCAGCUCCUACGACAAGGUCACACACGAGUGCCAGCAGAGGUUCGUGGCAGACCACCUCCGCUUCCUACACGGAGAGUGUCACGAUAUGGUCCGCAAGGACAGGAGAGAAGACAUGCGUCGUAUGUACACGUUACUGCGUACUGUACAUAACGGACUGAUGCUGAUGGUACAGGAGGUGGAGGAUCACAUCAAGGAAACGGGACUGGACGCUAUCAGUAACAUCACAGGAGACAAUCUGCCCACCCAGUUUGUGGAGUCAGUGCUGGAAGUUCACAGCAGGUUCAGUCACAUGAUCCAGAAGACCCUGAGUGGCGACCAGCAGUUCAUCUGUGCUCUAGACAAGGCUUGCUCUAGCAUCGUGAAUUCUAGGCAAGACCAGAGAUCCCCAUGCAAAUCACCAGAAUGGUUGGCCAAGUACUGUGACAUGUUGCUGAAGAGAAGUACAAAGGGCAUGUCAGAGACUGAAGUGGAUGACAAACUCUCGGCCUCCAUUACUGUUUUUAAGUACCUUGACGACAAGGACGUCUAUCAGAAGUUCUACUCCAAGAUGCUUGCUAAACGUCUGAUCCAAGGUAACAGUGUGUCCAUGGAUGCUGAGGAGGCCAUGAUCAACAGACUCAAGCAAGCGUGUGGUUACGAGUUCACCAACAAGCUCCACCGAAUGUACACGGACAUAAACGUCAGCGCAGAACACAACAAGAAGUUCAAUGAGUGGAUGAGAGAAAACAAGGAGGAACUCGGCAUCCAUUUUAACAUCUAUGUCCUACAGGCAGGUGCAUGGCCACUGGGCCUGACCAACCCCUCCCCUCUCAACAUACCACAGGAACUGGAGAAGAGCGUGAAAAUGUUUGAUAUGUUUUACAAGGAGAGAUUCAACGGCAGAAAACUGACCUGGCUGCACCAGCUUUGUAAUGGAGAAAUAAGAACAUGUUUCUUGAAGAAGUCUUACAUCAUCACCUUGAGCAUGUACCAGAUGGCGGUCCUCCUGCUCUUCAACGGCUCGGACAAACUGACCAUGGCCGAAAUCCAGUCGUCCACUCAGAUGGCCGAAGGGGAGCUGGGAAAGAAUGUCCAGUCUCUGGUGGACGCUAAACUCCUAAUACCCUUAGACGCAAAGGAACAACUGACCCCAAAUGUGGUCCUGACAGUGAACAUGGAGUACACCAACAAGAGAACAAAGUUCAAGAUCCCUGCCUUGUACCAGAAGGAAACAGUUCAGGAGGUUGAGCAGGCUCACAAGGCGGUGGACGAGGACAGAAAACUGUACCUACAGGCCGCCAUAGUCCGCAUCAUGAAGGCCAGGAAGGUGCUGAAACACAACACACUCAUACAGGAGGUCAUCAGCCAAUCACGCGCCCGGUUUAACCCCAGCAUCAGCAUGAUUAAGAGGUGUAUUGAGCAGCUUAUCAAUAAGGAGUACAUCGCCCGUAGUAACGAGGCAGCUGAUGAGUACACGUACAUAGCAUAGGGAGUACGUCAGCAUGUCGGCAGAACGUACUGUGCCUGCACUAAACCUGUAAUGUAGUGUGCAUAGCAUCCGAAAAUAGCUUCAUUAGGUUGGUAAAGUAUAGGAU